GCUGGUGAGGCCCCCUUGUCAUUGGCAGCCGUGGGGUGAAGGCGCCGGGAGGGGACGAUGUCGUGCUGUGGAAGCGGCGCCCGAGGCCUCGGCCGCCUCCUGCUGCUCCUGCAGAAAAAUGGGGUACGGCACUGUUCGUAUUCAGCCACACGGAAGAACCUCUACAUCACUAAAGAUACAAAGGUCAUUUGCCAGGGUUUUACCGGCAAACAGGGUACAUUUCACAGUCAGCAGGCACUGGAGUAUGGAACUAAUCUAGUAGGAGGAAUUUCGCCAGGCAAAGGGGGCAAAAGCCACUUGGGGCUUCCGGUCUUUAACUCUGUGGAGGAGGCUAAAGAAAAAACGGGCGCUUCUGCCUCAGCAAUAUACGUGCCGCCUCCGUUCGCUGCUGCUGCAAUCAAUGAAGCCAUUGACGCAGAAAUCUCCCUUGUUGUGUGCAUUACAGAAGGUAUUCCCCAGCAGGACAUGGUGCGUGUCAAACACAGAUUGCUUCGUCAGGACAAGACUCGGCUUGUUGGCCCAAAUUGUCCGGGAGUUAUCAACCCUGGAGAAUGUAAAAUUGGUAUCAUGCCUGGACACAUUCACAAGAAAGGAAGAGUUGGUAUUGUAUCAAGAUCUGGCACUCUGACAUACGAAGCUGUUCAUCAGACAACUCAAGUUGGACUAGGACAAUCCUUCUGUGUUGGAAUCGGAGGAGAUCCGUUCAAUGGGACAAAUUUUAUCGACUGCCUGGAUGUCUUCCUGAAAGAUCCCAGCACCGAGGGGAUUAUACUGAUAGGCGAGAUCGGUGGAAACGCUGAAGAAGAUGCUGCUGACUUCCUUAGGAAAAACAAUUCUGGUCUGCACUCCAAGCCGGUGGUCUCGUUUAUAGCUGGAGUCACGGCUCCGCCAGGCAGACGGAUGGGCCACGCAGGGGCUAUCAUUGCUGGUGGAAAAGGCGGAGCGAAAGAGAAAAUUGCUGCCCUUCAGAACGCCGGUGUCACUGUCAGUAUGUCUCCUGCUCAACUGGGCUCCACUAUGUACAAGGAGUUUGAGAAGAGGAAAAUGCUGUGAGAGGAGGAGGAGGAGAAUCCAUCGGAAAUAUCAGCACAGCCCUUUGCCUCCGUCCCUGAUCUGUAUUUUUCACCCACUCUUUUUAUUUUCCUGACUACAGCCGACACCAGUCUAAUGAAACCAGCUUUAAAGCCAAAAGGUUUUAUUUCAGCGGCGCCGUUGUCAGACAUGAUUGUACAUCAUAGCAAACGAAUAAACCUACCACUAAACUUGAUUAUUUGAAACCCUGAAA